UGUCAACAAGCUGACGCUGAGGUGACCAUUUCCUUCGUUGAUCCGAUCCGGGGCAAUUUGGAGCUAUCUCUUGCAGAUGAAGAUAAGCCUUUCCUGCUAGCACUUUAUGUGAUCACUUUGACUGGCGAAAAGGUAUCAGAUGAUGUGAUCGACCUCUUUGCCACCGACCAAACGGACCGCAGCUUCACACCCCGAAAUCUUGCUUUCCCUCUCACUCCAGACCGAAUUCCGAUAACCUUCACUAUUAAGGAUAGCAAUAAUAGCACAAGCAGUAACAGUUUCAUUCGUCCUCAUCCAAAUUCUAUUGAUCAUGACCUGUUCGAACCUCUCGCGCUCCUCGUGGAUCGGCCCAAGUCGACCCUUUACCACGAGACGAGCAGGGCCCAUCGCACUCCCCACCUUAGGGGCUUGUCGCAAAGCACGCACAACCUCAGUGCAUCGUCUAUCGCUGCUGGGGCUUCUGGUGUUGGUGGUGUCGGUGCAAACGGAAAGGGUCGCUCCCGUUCACGUCUGCGCCUUUGUCUCUCUCGAAAUAAUCUGUUCUCCCUGGGGAACGACAAUGAGGGAGAUGAUAAGGACACAUCUCCCCAACAAUUCGGUAUCUUUGGAAGGCUCCCAAAGGAGGCCUGGCCAGAUUGUCGGGUCUCCAUGUCUGUGAUGAGCCUCUUCGUGGUGAUCUUCUACAGGGGUAGCCUCACAGAGGGAAUCUUCCGCAGAUCUGUCCAGAUGUCGCAUUUACAGGCACUGGUUCAACGCGUGGACACCAAUGAGGAUCCUCUCAUGGCAGAGGAGUGCUCACCUCUCCAUGCAGCCAAUAUUCUUAAGAAAUACUUUAAAGAAAUCCCGGGACAUCUUCUAAUUGACGAGAAAUGGGACGACUGGUGCAAAAUGACGACCUUGAAGACGGACGAGGAAGUUGCAAACUACGCCAAAAAGAUGAUGCGCGAGCUCCCGGACAUCAAUCAAUCUCUACUAACGUUCCUCCUCUUCACUCUGGCUCAAGUGCGAGUGAACCAGGAGACUAACAAAAUGUCUGUCGACGCCCUGUCGACGGUGUGGGGCCCUAACCUCCUCGAGCGUCCAAAUGCUGCACCCAGCUUAGAAGACAGCGCAAUGUGCGUCGCCGUUGUGGCUUGCCUCCUUGGUCCUUUUACUGACGUCUAUUGUCUGCGCAGUCCUGAGUUUCGUCAAAAACUCUCCGUUUUCUUUGACGAGAUUUGGGGCCAGAUGAUGCCGCCAGGGGAGACGUCAGCAAAGCCUCCACCUGAAGGAAUCAGCAUCCUGGAGUUGCCAGAGCAAAAGCCUGACGAGAUUACAGCCUCGAAUAGUAGCUUAGGAAGUCCCAGACCACUGGAACCACUACAUGCUAAAGAUAAGCGCAACGCAUGGAUGGUUCGCUCAUCAAGUGCUGAAGAGUCCUCUGAAACAUCCUCCGGUCUCAAACGUUGCUACCGAGCUAUCAAGAAGGACACCAAAUCUUACAGCGUCCAAGACGGCGCUGAUCUGCCACCACCCAUCCCUCCGCGCUACCGGCACAAGAGCACAUCCUUUUUUGCUUUUGGUCCUAUUCCACUCCCCUCUGCUACUUGUACCGCCUGCGCUAUAGACGCAGACAGCCCUCCACCCUUGCCAGCGCGCACUUUUGGACCGUUCCAACAGCCUUUUCACACACAAAAUGAACAGCGUAGAAAAAUAUGCGUUACAACGCGAGACACAUUCUCCGUGUCUGGUACCACUGUUGUCGACCGUAGACGCAGCUUCUCACGUCGGAGAAACCCCUCUCGCAGCCCUGUUCGUUCGUGCACCAUCAAUGUUGGCGAGCCGAGUCUUCGCCCUCUUAUGAUUGGAGACAUUUGUGAGGAUUAUGAUGGCCUAAAUCUUAGUCCAGGUAAUGCAGAUGUCGUCCAGUCGAAAUCGAAGGUAAAGGAACUUGAAGCUACCAAAACCACCACUUUAAAACGUUCCACUAGCGAUGUGGAUGCGCAUCCGCUGAAUAAGCAGGUGACCAUUCGAAGAAAGUCCCAUAAUUCGGGAUCACCACAGUUCUUGGAGCACGAGAUGGGGCAUGGCGGAAUGUGUUUCUUCUGGAACACAGUGGCUGCGCGACGGAUGAGCUCCAGAAAUCAUCGUUGUGAGACACGUUGGACGUGUGGACUCUAUACAGAUCAGGGAGGCAAAAACGACUCAACUGGUUCAGAUGUCUCAAAUGAUUUGACUCUUCUCUCUCGACGUCUUACAGAACUUGCAAACGUCGACAGUUCCAGACCGACAGGCGUUCGACCACGUCCAACGGCAAUAUACCUUGAGGACAAAUCCUGCCUCAUGUUUCCAAACUUUCAGAAGACGUCUCCAGCUUCUGAAGUCCCAGUUGGUAUCUGUCGACGAAUUAGUUCUAUCUAUGAGCAAAAAAAGGUGAUGAAUGAGACUGGAUUGAAGAACUGGCCGCUACGUGGAAGUCUUGUGAGUCCAGACCAGCUGAAUUCGACCAGUGGUGGAAGUACACAUCUGAGCCGAGGGAGCUCGCACGCUUCCACUGGCUCAAGCACCUCAACAACCCUGGGACCGAACUAA